AUGGGACUGAGACUCAAAAAACUUACAUAAACACUUGAAAGCAAACAUCCAUAAUAAUAUAAUUUCCCUAGAGGAAUUGAUCAAUUCGAAUAUUCUCCAGAUAGAUCAUAUAGUUCUUUAUAAGGAGAUGUUUAUGAUCUGAACAGCCAAAUAAGGCGCAUUCAUCGUAGAGUUCUAUCUUAAGUUGCUUUUCCAAAAGGAAAAAUUAAAGAAAAUAAAAUAAGCACUCUAUCUCCUAUAAAAGUCGAUUAAUUUGCAGUCACAAAAGCAAAACUUAAUUCAUAAAGAUUCUUUCUAAUGAAUUAAGUACGUAAUAUUAGACCCAAGUAAAAUAAAUUGUAGUCUUCAUAACUGGUCAUAUAGAAGUCUUCGUAUAAGAAAGGUUAGCGAAUGCAUACAGAUACAAUUGAAAGUAUAACCAAAUAUCGUUUAGGAUGA